CCCGCCCCUUCCCCUACGGCCACUGUCGGUUCCGGCGGCGGCGGUCGGGGCCUGCAGCAGGGCGCGGAGCGGAAGAUACUUUCUCCAUAUUUGGAUGUUGUAUAGCAAUCAAUUUCUUAGCUAUUAGUCCUCUUGCUGAUAUUGAAGAUUACCUCUAGUAAGUUGGGUGGGCCAGGGCUCUUUCUAGUAUUUUCAACAUGUAAACAUUUCAUGCAUUUUGGGGAGAAGUCCUCCAGAGUCUCCCCUAAAAAGCCCACUUCAGGGGUAAUCUCCAACAAAAGAUAGCAGGAUUUGGCUGUAGAAAUACCACUUCUUGUGUCAUGUCGACCACUUGACAGUGACUCAAAGUGCUGAUCGUCCCUCCUUAUGGGGUGAACUCCAUUACUCUUCUAUCCCAAGGAAUGAGGCUGAAGCAAAAUGAAUGAGCAUCCUAAAAAGAGGAAAAGGAAGACUUUACAUCCUUCACGUUACUCAGAUUCUUCAGGUGUAAGCAAAUAUAUAGACAACAAUGGAAUAUUUUCUGACCACUGCUAUAGUGUCUGUUCUAUGAAACAGCCAGACAUAAAAAUUUCUGAAAACAGAGGUAGAUUCCAUGGUCCUGCACAGACCCUAGAUACUGAUGAUGAUGGCAGCCCAGUGCAUGCCGGGACAUCUCAUUGGAGUGGGGCACAGUCGAAUGUCAUGGGGUUGCACUUUACAGACCCAAAAAAGAAAGAGAGAAGUGCUAAUAAUGGAAUUUAUAAAGACAUGUGCGAGUCUCCUAUAUUCAGUGACAGUCCAACUGAAGAGGAGAAACCCAUAGAUAUUCAAACCAUAGAAAUUUCGACUACAGAAGUUAAUGCUGUAGAAGUUCAUGAUAUAGAGACGCAAACCGUUUCACCUGAAAAGCUAGAGGUCGAAGACAUUGAAGAAAUGCCUGUUGAAAGCUGUAAACUUUUUGAGAAGAACCAGGCUUUGAAUAUCACUGCUCAGCAGAAGUGGCCUUUGCUGAGAGCCAACAGUAGUGGCCUAUACAAGUGUGAGCUGUGCGAGUUUAAUAGCAAGUACUUCUCUGAUUUAAAGCAGCAUAUGAUCCUGAAGCAUAAGACAUGUACAAAUACCAAUGUCUGCAGAGUAUGUAAAGAGAGUUUCUCCAGCAAAGUUCUGCUGGUUGAACAUGUAAAAAUACAUGAGGAAGAUCCCUACAUCUGUAAAUACUGUGACUACAAAACAGUGAUAUUUGAGAACCUCAGUCAGCAUAUAGCAGAUACUCAUUUCAAUGACCAUCUUUAUUGGUGUGAGCAAUGUGACGUGCAGUUCUCCUCAAGCAGUGAGCUGUACCUACACUUCCAGGAACACAGCUGUGAUGAACAGUAUCUGUGUCAGUUUUGUGAGCAUGAGACCAAUGAUCCAGAAGACUUGCAUAGCCAUGUGGUGAAUGAGCAUGCAUGUAGAUUAAUAGAAUUAAGUGAUAGCUAUAGCAACAAGGAGCGUGGACAGUACAGCCUCGUAAACAAAAUUAGCUUUGACAAAUGCAAAAACUUCUUUGUAUGCCAAGUGUGUGGCUUUAGGAGUAGGCUGCAUACGAAUGUCAACAGACAUGUAGCUAUUGAACACACCAAAAUAUUCCCCCAUGUUUGUGAUGACUGUGGGAAAGGCUUUUCAGGUAUGUUGGAAUAUUGCAAGCAUUUAAAUUCUCAUUUAUCUGAAGGGAUUUAUUUGUGUCAGUAUUGUGAAUAUUCAACAGGACAGAUUGAAGACCUUAAAACUCAUUUGGAUUUCAGGCAUUCAGCAGACUUGCCUCAUAAGUGUACCAAUUGCUUAAUGAGGUUUGGAAAUGAAAAAGAUCUUAUAAGUCACCUUCAGAUACAUGAGACAGCUUGAUGGUUUUUUUUCUGUAGUCAAUUUAUUAGAAUUAAAAUGUAUUUUCCAA